AUGCAGAUCUUCAUUGACGGCGGCAUUCGCCGCGGUACCGAUGUGCUCAAAGCCAUUGCGUUGGGUGCUACAGCCGUCGGGCUGGGACGGCCAUUUCUGUUUAGUUUGUCAGCCGGUUACGGUGAGGAUGGGGUGCGGCAUAUGCUGGCAGUGUUACGGCAAGAGAUCGAGUCCAACAUGGUGUUUCUAGGAGUGACAACGCUGGGCGAGCUGCGGCCGGAGAUGGUCAAUGCUAGCCGGCUGGAACGGGAGUUGAUCGGCAGUGUGAAGUUGUAA